UUCCUUUUUUUCUGCUUUGCCUUGUUCUUAAUUAAACCAUUUGAUAAAAAUUAUCAUAAAUUUAUAAUUAAUUUACAACAGUUAAACGAUUUCGAAAUGCUUAUAAAAUAAAUAUGUAUAUAUUUUAUAUAUUAAAAAAAUGAAUAAAUUCAAGAGAAAAAUUGUAUUAAACAAAACAACAAACAACAAUUAAGUUAAAAAAGUUGAAAAAAAAACACGUUCAAAGUGAAGGUCAAUGCAACUACCAAUAAUUAAUACACGCAAAAAAUUUAAAUAUAAACAUUACAAAAGUGUAAUAAAAGUAGUUACUGUCCAAUAAGUACAAAAUACCACUGGUCAAUAUACAAUAACGUUAACGUUAAAUAAUGCCAAAUUUUGUAAAACCUUUGGGCGGUGUUUGUUGCCAAAAAUCCCUAAACAUAUCAAAAAGAUUUGCACUAAGUACUUCCGCCAUGUCGCCCUUGAUGUUUUUAAUUUCCAUAUUUAUGGCUUUAGGCCUUUUCACCGCUAUGGUGAUUUGUGAAUCCAUUCCAACACAAAACAUGUCGAAUAAAGAACGAGAAGCAUUAAGAGAAGAAUCUCGAGACAUGUUCUAUCAUGCUUACCAUGCAUAUAUGGAUAAUGCCUAUCCAGCUGAUGAAUUAAUGCCCUUAUCGUGUAAGGGUAGAUAUCGAGGUGUAACACCCUCUCGUGGUGAUAUGGACGAUAUAUUGGGAAACUUUUCUAUGACUUUAGUUGAUACGCUCGAUACUUUAGUUUUAUUGGGAGAUUUUGCUGAAUUUGAACAUGGCGUUAAGCUUGUUAUACGUGAUGUACAAUUUGACAGUGAUAUUAUUGUUUCGGUUUUUGAAACCAAUAUCCGUAUGAUGGGCGGUCUAUUAUCGGCCCACAUAUUGGCUGAAUACGUACAAAAGAAAGUCCAAGUGAUGCCCUGGUAUAAAGGUGAACUACUGGAGAUGGCAAGAGAUUUGGGUUAUCGUUUAUUGCCAGCAUUUAAUACCUCAACGGGUAUACCACAUGCACGAGUCAAUUUGCGUUAUGGCAUGAAAGAUGAACAGUUGAAAAAGUCAAGAGAAACGUGUACCGCCUGUGCGGGUACUAUACUGUUGGAGUUUGCAGCAUUGUCAAGGCUAACGGGUGAUCCCAUUUUUGAGGUAAGAGCCCAUGCAGCCAUGGAUGCUUUGUGGAAAUUGCGCCAUCGGGGGUCUGAUCUUAUGGGUACCGUUUUAAAUGUUCAUUCCGGCGAUUGGGUACGACGCGAUUCCGGUGUUGGUGCUGGUAUAGAUUCCUAUUAUGAAUAUCUUUUCAAGUCCUAUGUUUUAUUGGGUGAUGACAAAUAUUUGGCACGUUUUAAUCGCCACUACAAUGCCGUCAUGAAGUAUGUUAGUGAAGGACCCAUGCUUUUAGAUGUACUCAUGCAUCGUCCUCACGCAAAAUCACGUAACUUUAUGGAUGCCUUAUUAGCCUUUUGGCCAGGUUUACAGGUUUUGUCGGGAUAUCUCAAGCCGGCUGUACAAACACAUGAAAUGUUGUACCAAGUCAUGCAAAUGCAUACCUUCAUACCAGAAGCAUUUACUGUUGAUUUUCAAAUACACUGGGGUCAACAUCAUUUAAGGCCAGAAUUCAUAGAAUCGACUUAUUUCUUAUACCGUGCCACUGGCGAUCAUCAUUAUCUGCAAGUGGGUAAGAAGGCAUUGAAAGCUUUACAACAAUAUGCUAAAGUUCCUUGCGGUUAUGCUGCUGUUAAUGAUGUACGUACUGGUAAACAUGAAGAUCGCAUGGAUUCGUUUGUACUUUCGGAAACGUUUAAAUAUCUUUAUCUGCUAUUUACGGAUCCUCAAGAUUUAAUACUAAAUGUUGACGAAUUUGUAUUUACAACCGAAGCCCAUUUACUGCCGCUAUCACUUGCUCAAUUGGGCAAUUCCACCUACAAUUUCCGUCAGUCUGAAGAGCAUAAUGUGUUGGAUUUCAUGCGCACAUGUCCCUCAUCGAACAAGCUUUUUCCUGAGAAAGUACGCAAGCCGCUACGAAACUUCAUUUCCGGUUCGUGUCCGCGUACACCGACAACAAAACGUUUACGGGCAUUGGACUUUCAAGCAAGUAAUGCUGAUCAUUUACGAGCUGUUUAUGACAUGGGCAUUACAAUGGUUUCAUUAGGCGAUGGAAAGGUGCGACUGUUUCAUAGUUUUUAUAAUGCUAAAUCUCCCGAAGAUGGUGAAAUGGGCUUGUUGUUUAUGCAAGAAAUGUUAGAAUUAACUAAGUUACAAUCAAUGAAUCAGUUGACACAAUUACAGGCCGUUGCUUAUACCGUCGACGACAAAUCAACUGAGUGGACAGCUCUGAUGGCUGGACCUUCACAUUUCACCCCCGAAUUGGUGGAUGAUGAAUUUGUAGAGGGUGAAAUUAUUAUGUCGGAGCCCCUGUGGGCCUGCGCAGACACUUUGAAGAAUGCCGAACAAGUUCGAGGUAAGAUAUUAGUAGCUGAACGCGGUGAAUGUACGUUUGUAAGUAAAGCACGUUUGGCACAAAAAUCUGGUGCUCUAGCGCUAAUUGUCUGUGAUAAUGUGCCCGGCUCAUCGGGUGAAACACAACCUAUGUUCGCCAUGUCCGGAGAUGGCAUCAACGAUGUUAAAAUACCAGUAGUUUUCAUGUACUCACAAGAAUUUAAAAAACUGUCGUCUGUGAUGCAAAGAAAGCCCCACUUGAAAGUACGAUUAAUGCAAAUGAUUGAAUUUAAACGUUGGCAAUUGGCGAAAGAAACAAAGGCGAAUGAAACUAGCACAGAAACAACAACCACAACAACGACCGCGACAACGCCAGCCAAGAAAACGAAACCUGAUAAAGAAUUGUAGUGAUUACUUUAAAUACAUCUACUUAUAUAUAUAAUUUUAUUUGUUUAGGUAAUUCAUUUGGAAAAUAACUAUUAAAUCCUAUAUCACAUAACUAUAUACAUAUAUUUUUUUUUAUUUUUAAUUUGUUUUCCUUAUGUUUGUUGUGUUUUUGUACGAAAAACAACGUGAUCUAAAAUGAAUAAACAAACAAAUUUUUAA